UGCCUCAGUGUAUCCUUGCCGGUUCGUUGGAAGGACGAACGUCUCAAGAUGGACGCCCACGAAGCGAUGCCCAAAGCGGACACAAUCAAACUCCGCAACAAGCACAUCGGCAAAUCCUGCCAGCUGUUCUACCGCACCGACCCGCUGAAGAUAGUGCGCGGGCAGGCGCAGUACAUGUUCGAUGAGCAGGGUGCCCGGUACCUCGAUUGCAUCAACAACGUCGCACAUGUGGGACACUGCCACCCGAAGGUGGUCGAGGCGGGAACGCGUCAGCUUGCGACGUUGUCGACCAACAACCGCUUCCUGCAUGAUGAGCUGGUCCGGUGUGCUCAGACACUCGCACAGAAGAUGCCCGGUAACCUGUCCGUCUGUUACUUCGUUAACUCUGGCUCGGAAGCGAAUGAUCUUGCGUUACGCCUUGCACGUCAGCACACCGGUCGUCACGAGGUGAUCACGCUCGAUCAUGCGUACCACGGUCACGUCUCGGCGGUGAUGGACAUCUCGCCGUACAAGUUCAACCAGCCCGGUGGUGACCCCAAGCCGAACUUUGUGCAUGUGGCUCCCUGUCCGGACGUCUAUCGGGGCAAGUACCGCGACUGCGACUACCCCGAGGGUACCGAUUUGGGGCAGCUGUACGCAGAUGAGGUGCAGCACAUCAUCGAGCGCAGCUCGAACGGUGUGGCGGCCUUCAUCGCUGAGAGUCUGCAGAGUUGCGGUGGGCAGAUCAUCCCACCUGCGGGGUACUUCCAGAAGGUGUACGACGCGGUACGCAAGGCAGGUGGUGUGACGAUCGCUGAUGAGGUGCAGGUUGGCUUUGGACGGAUUGGGACGCACUACUGGGCGUUUGAACCGCAUGAGGUUGUGCCGGAUAUUGUGACGGUGGCGAAACCGAUGGGUAAUGGACAUCCAGUUGGAGCGGUCGUGACUACACCCGAGAUUGCUGAGAGCUUCGCCUCCACUGGAGUCUGCUACUUCAACACGUACGGUGGCAAUCCAGUGUCAUGUGCGAUCGCCAAUGCAGUGAUGCGUGUCAUCGACGAAGAACACCUGCAGGAGCACGCUCUGCGCGUAGGUCGCUAUCUGCUCGAGCAGUCAAAAGCCCUCGCGUACGAGUACCAGCUGGUGGGUGAUGUCCGCGGGACAGGUCUCUUCGUCGGCAUUGAGCUAGUGACGGAUCGACAGCGCCGCCUGCCGGCUACUCGAGCCGCUAAAGCCGUCGUCGAACGCAUGAAGACGGUCCACCGCAUCCUGGUCAGCAGUGACGGACCGGAUGAUAACGUCGUCAAGCUGAAGCCGCCGAUGGUGUUCACCGCAGAAAACGCGGACGAGUUCCUGUACGGGUUUCGCGAGUGUCUCACCUACCUGGAGCAGCAACAGCAGCAACAGCAGCAGCAGGUCGCUUCGUCGGAGGUGAUCGCUAUUACACCUGUUCGAGUGACACAUCCACUGGCAACGGGUGGUAUUCUGCCGCCUAGCCCAUUGUCCUGUGGCCAGCGAGAUCCUUCAACACUCAUCAAAUCUGUCUAAGCCUGCAGAGGGCUUCAACCCACCGGACGCAGUUCGAAUGCCUUCUUCAUCCACUUCCCAAGCUGCAUCAAACUUUUCCCCUCUUUAAACCAUACUGCGUACACUUAUUUGUUUUAAAAAUAAGCAUUUUACUACUGUCUGGCACAAACGGGGUAUUCCAGUACUACUCAUCAGACUCCUUCCUAAUCGCCAUCGCCCCUUCACGUGGAUGAAUUUUAAUCUGUAGCGUUAGUUGUAACGUAUAAUGUAAAGGAAGCUCGUCGGAGGCGUUUAUGUAUAAGCAGGUGGACGGUGCAGGUGCUCCUGAGCCGGGCGGAAAGUGCCCUAAAAAGGGCUGCUGCUCGCGCGAAGGACCCACACGUCUUUGAUUUGUGUGUAUUUUUUGUUUAGUCUUAUAUAAAAAAAAGAAUCUACUAUCGUUUCCAUAAUUAGCACACUUUAGAAUAAACGUUUUGUUCAAAAACAU